CGGCGCCCGCGCUCGGGCCGCGUCCCGCCCAGCCGGGCCGGCGGUUCCUACCGGCCUAGUGCAGCGGACGUCGGCGGCGGCCCGGCGGGCUGGGAGCUGUUUUUAGCAAGAAGAAAGAUGGAAAGUGGUGCAGUUCUGCUGGAAUCCAAGUCCUCCCCAUUGAACCUUCUACAUGAAAUGCAUGAGCUUCGGCUUCUUGGUCACUUGUGUGAUGUGACGGUCAGUGUGGAAUAUCAGGGUGUCCGCGAAGACUUUGUGGCCCAUAAAGCAGUGCUGGCAGCCACCAGCAAGUUUUUUAAGGAAAUGUUCCUUAAUGACAAGAGUAUGGAUGGUGCUAGGACUAAUGUCUACUUAAAUGAAGUGCAGGUUGUUGACUUUGCCUCAUUUCUCGAGUUUGUCUACACUGCAAAGGUACAGGUAGAAGAAGACAGGGUGCAGCGAAUGCUGGAAAUGGCUGAAAAACUGAAAUGUUUGGACUUAUCAGAAACUUGUUUUCAGUUAAAGAAACAGAUGUUGGAGUCUGUACUUUUAGAAUUGCAAAAUUUCUCAGAGUCUCAGGAGGCCGAGGCAGGCAGUGGCUCCCAAGUCAGUGUUGGUCCAGGCUCAAGGGCCAGUGGGGCCACAGAGGGCCUUCACUCCAAUGGCCUGGUGGAGCCCUCAGCCACCCCGGUGGAGAGAGUCAGCAAUGGUGUGUCAUCAGAUACCCUGCUGAGGAAGCCCAAGGAGAAACUAGACAAGAAGAGAGAGGGAGUUAAGCCUCCUUACCCCAAAAUCAGGAGAGCUAGUGGUAGGCUGGCUGGCAGGAAGGUCUUUGUGGAAAUCCCUAAAAAGAAAUACACAAGAAGACUCCGGGAGCAGCAGAACAGUAUAGAGGAUGAGCUGGGAGACGACAGGUGUCUUCAGGAGCAAAGCUCCGAUAGUGUGGGGGCAGAGGGGGAGUCUGUUGAAAAAAAUGAGGGGUGCUGUGCAGAAGCCCAGGUGAAGGAGGUGUUGCAAAAGGCAGGGGUGGAGGAGGAAGAGGAGGAGGAGGAGGAUGAAGAGGGGGAAAAGAAGAGGAGCAACUUCAAGUGCACCAUCUGCGAUAAGGCGUUUUUGUACGAGAAGAGCUUCCUGAAGCACAGCAAACACCACCAUGGGGUGGCCACCGAGGUGGUGUACCGCUGCGACACCUGCAGCCAGACCUUUGCCAACCGCUGCAACCUAAAGAGCCACCAGCGCCACGUGCACAGCAGCGAACGCCACUUCCCUUGUGAGCUGUGCGGCAAGAAGUUCAAGCGCAAGAAAGAUGUGAAGCGGCACGUGGUGCAGGUGCAUGAGGGCGGGGGCGAGCGGCACCGCUGCGGGCAGUGCGGCAAGGGCCUGAGCUCCAAGACGGCGCUGCGGCUGCACGAGCGCACGCACACGGGCGACAGGCCCUAUGCCUGCACCGAGUGUGGCGCCAAGUUCUCGCAGCCCUCAGCGCUCAAGACCCACAUGAGAAUUCAUACAGGGGAAAAGCCUUUUGUCUGUGAUGAAUGUGGUGCAAGAUUCACUCAGAACCACAUGCUGAUUUAUCAUAGAAGGUGUCACACAGGUGAAAGACCGUUCAUGUGUGAAACAUGUGGCAAAAGUUUUGCUUCCAAGGAGUACUUGAAACACCACAACAGGAUCCACACUGGCUCCAAACCCUUUAAGUGUGAAGUGUGUUUCCGGACUUUCGCCCAGCGGAAUUCACUUUACCAGCAUAUUAAAGUCCACACAGGGGAGCGUCCCUACUGCUGUGACCAGUGCGGCAAGCAGUUCACCCAGCUCAAUGCCCUGCAGCGCCACCGCCGCAUCCACACUGGCGAGAGGCCAUUCAUGUGCAACGCAUGUGGGCGCACGUUCACCGACAAGUCCACCCUCCGGCGGCACACCUCGAUACACGAUAAGAAUACUCCAUGGAAGUCUUUCCUUGUUAUUGUAGAUGGCUCUCCCAAGAAUGAUGAAGGGCACAAGACUGAACAGCCCGAUGAAGAAUACAUGGCACCCAAACUCUCGGAUAAAUUGCUGUCUUUUGUAGAAAACAGCCAUUUCCACAAUCUGGCCACAGUCCAAGGCACUGUAUCCACCAUACACGAGAACAGUUCUGCAGACACAGCCUGCAAGUCAGACAAUUCUGCAGUGUCCCAGGACACUCUGCUCACUACCACCAUCAGCGAACUCAGUGAGCUGGCUCCACAGACAGACUCAGUGUCCACACAGCUGCACCCUCUGACCAACAUGGAAUAGAGCUGACGUUACUCACCAAGCAGUUCCAAUCUUGUUGGUCUUUGUGUGUAGAUAGCUGUACUUGUACUCAAGGUGAUGUUGGGGCUAAGAAAAAUAAUUGUGUGCAAAGUUGGGGCAAGAAUGGCUUCUGCAGAUUUUCCUGAACUUCUGCGAACUUGCACGGCUUUCUCAUAGCAUUUUCAAAGCUUUCCCUGCACAGUUCUGAUCUGCAUGAUCUCAGCUACAUGUUACUGGCGAGGCAGCACACAUGACCUCACUUAAUUCUGCCGUGAGGUGUGUGUGUCAGUCAUGCAAUGCUUUUCUAUCUUGAUGUUAAGACAACUGCUUAUCUUCACUGCAGAGGACAGAGCAUUGAUGAGCUCACGACACUGCUGUGGUGGCCUUCCUGGUCUCUGAUCUGCCUUACUUUCCCACGUGGGUUUCCUUAUCUGGUAUUUUUCUACCAAGCUGAAAGAAAAUUAGGGCCAUGUAUUUUCAGUUUUUCUCCCCUGUUUAAUUGAAACAGACUGGAUUUGCUGCAGGGACUCUCAAAUGGGACUGAAGAGAUGGAUUUUUGCAGCCAUCCCACCCCACCCUAUGUGUAAGCACUAAAAAGGCUAUGACAAAUUGAACACUUGUAGAAGUGCUUAAUAUAAUCUCUACUCACAGCACAUAUACAGCUAGGACAUUUGUCAUAAAAAUCAACUUACUCAGUUUCAUUCUUAAAGAAAAGUCAGAUUAGGUAAAAGCUGUCCUACCAAAGAGCUUAGCAAAGCAGUAUAGUAGUCUUUGCAAAGAAGUGUGAAAAAUUAAGUGAGAGGCUGGAGCGCACUUUUAAUAAAAUUCACAAAAUGUGGUGAGUCUUAGAACACAGAGUAUUUAUGCCAGGUUUUCUGACUUGAUUUCUAUAAUUUCCAGAACCUUGGACUUCCUCACUUCCACACCAGAGAUUGAAAUCAAUAAUUGCCACAUGUUUAUUUCCUUGGGAGCAUGUGAGAAUAUAUAUAGCAGAAGGGACCAAAAGCCUCAGCACAGUUACCUCUGAUUAUGCCUUAAAGAGUUGACUGUGUCUUUGACCAGUAGCUUUGUCUCAAAUGCUCCAUUGGCUGUUUCAUGCAGGACUUAAUUAUUGCUAAAAAAAUUCACAACUGGACAAGUAUGGUGGUUUAUGCCUAUAAUCCCAAGGCUUUGGGAGGUGAAGAUGGGGAGGCAGCCAGGAAUUUGGGACUAGCCAGCACAACAUAGUUAAGAUCCCAUCUCAUUAGCCUGGCGUGGCAGCAUACACUUACACUGCCAGCUACUUGGGAGACUGAGUUGGGAGGAUUGCUGGAGUCCGGGGCUCAGGCUGCAGUGAGGUAUGACCAAGCCACUGUGCUCAGAAUGUCUUUUAAAAAAGAAAAUUCGCAAUGAAAAGACUAUUCUGCUGCCUUUGUUAAAUGUGACAUUGGUUUCAGGGCUUUGGGUAUGUGCCUCAUGCUUAUGAAAUGCUUUGAUUCACAUGUAAUCCUUAAACAUCAUAAUUUAAAGAGAAAACCUUGAAGGAGAAUUCUUUUGUUCAGUAGUUGCUUUUGUUCCCUUCAUUUUUGAUAAAUUUGCUGCAAAAAGACUGGUUUUCUAAGAGGAAGGUACUUUUCUAAGAGGAAGGUCCACAAUGCUCAGGGUGAUCCCUGAGGGAGGACUCUUCCUGAGUGCAGCAAGGAGAUCACUGCAAGGUGUUUCAGGUACUCACCACACAUCUCACACCUGCUCUUAAAGGUCAUAGUACCAAGUUACUUUAAAUUCAUUUAAGUGUAAUUGUAUCCUAGUUGUGUUUAUAGAACAAAUAAAUAACAACUGUCACAGGGCCAUUUUAAUCUUAGUAAGAGGAGACUGAACCUGCCCAGCUAAUUUACUGUUUAUGGAAUGAAGUCACUUGAUGAGAAGGAAUUUAAACAAUAGAUUAUUUUGUUACCUACUGGAAGAAUUCUUGUCCUGAAUUUGUUUUAGAAGUUCUAAAAAAACUGUCGGCAUUAAUAAAUGUCUCCUUCAUAAAAGUAAUUGUGCAAUUCUAUUUCCAUAAUUAUAAUUUAGGGUCUGCAGAAAUAGGCUUCUCAAUUAAAACUGGUAAAAUACGCCUAAUUGCAUGAAUAAUGAAACUUAAAACCAGGUCCUGUAAGUCUUUAUUUCCUGCAUUCCUAGGGUUAGUCCCCAGCAGUGGCCGCUUGGGGAGGGGACCACGCCCUCUGCUUGAGCAUAAGCCGGGGGCCAUCAGGCAGUGUGCAGCACUGCUACUUUCUUCAGAGGAAGGCUAAGUUGCCCACCAAAGAGACAACUAUACACAGGUCCCUGUCCCCUUCCUGGGAGGAUAAGGCUGUCUUGAGAACAGAAGCCUGUAACCCAUGUAGGAGCUGGUUACAGAGAACCUGUAGGCAUCUUCUGGUAUCCCCUCAAGCACAGCAAAGUGGAGGGCCGGCCACCUGAAUGUUUCCAGCCCAGUGCUGCCACACUGCUGCUUUCAGAGCCUAACGAAGGCCAUUUAGGUGACUUAGUGCCUGCCAACAACUGAGUGAAAUACUUUGAGCCCAGACUCCAAAGGGCUCUGAAGCCUUUGGUUCUGUUAUACUUUUUGUUGUAUAGAGUUUGAAAAAAUGUGAAUGGGAAGAACUUUAUUAAAGAUGAUUUUAACAGAAA